GUGGGCAGGAAGGAAGUCACCAAGGGGAGUUUUGACUCUCUCCUUUCCUCAUAGGCUCUGAGCAGCAGCUUACACAGCCCCAGAACCCCGACCAGGACCCUGAUCCAGGAACCCUGACUGCAGAACCCCAAUCCAGGAGCCCUGAUCCAGUGGCGCAGCCCAGAGCCAGACCCAUUCCUCAGGGCCAGAGCACUCGGGAGCAGGACAGGCUGACCCCAGCAAUGGAGGUGCGGCGGGUGCGGUGGUUGGGUUUGAUUCCAGGGAGGAUGCAAAGGGAAAUUGAUGGGGAAGGGGGUGAGGUUCACAGCUGAGCUCCCCCUGUUGUUGUAGCCUCCACCAUGGCCCCGCUGGGUGAGGAGACGCCCCUGAUCGGGGAGCGCUCCUGCAGCCUCUCCUCAACUGAGACUGGCACCCUCCAAGUGUACCUGUACCACCGGGUGCCCCCUGGCGCUGCUGGUGUCCUCACUUUCACCUUCGGCGAGUACACGGCCGAGGAGCUCUGUGUGCACGCUGCCAAAGCCUGCGGUGUGCUGCCCAUUUACCACCCGCUCUUCUCCCUGGCCACUGAGGACCUGAGCUGCUGGUUCCCUCCCAACCACCUCUUCAAUGUCGAUGAGUCCUGCAGCCAGGUCGUGGUAUACAGGAUCAGGUUCUUGUUCCCCAGCUGGUGUGGGCUGGGGCAGUCCCACCGUUUCCAGCUGCUGAACGACCGGGCCAGCCCUGUCCUGGACUACCCCGUCAUUGAUUACCUUUUUGCCCAGUCCCGCAGUGACUUUAUCGGGGGCCGCAUGGCCAUGGUGCUGAGCCUGCCCCAGCAGGAGGAGUGCCUGGGCCUGGCUGUGCUGGACAUGCUGCGCAUCGCCAAGGAGAAGCACCAGAGUCCCAGCGAGGUCUUCAGCCAUGUCAGCUACAAGUCCUGCAUCCCGGUGCCGCUGCGGUGCCAGAUCCAACAGCAUAGCUUCCUCACCCGCAAGCGCAUCCGGCACCGCUUCAGCAAAUCCCUGCGGAAGCUCGGGGGCUGCCAGACUGAUGGGUGCUGCCUGAAGCUCAAGUACCUGCUGGACCUGGAGCGGCUGCAGCGGCGCUGGGCUGAGGAGAGCUUCCUUGUGCGCACUACCGGCUCUGCCACAGACAUCACCAUCCAUGUGGCCGGUGAAAACGGCAUCUUCUGGAGCUGCAGCGGCUCCGAGAGCCGACAGCACUUCUGUGACUUCCCCGACAUCGCCGACAUCAGCAUCAAGCAGGCGAGUGGGGACGGGGUCGCUGUGGAGAACCGCGUUGUCACCCUCACCAAGACAGACAACCGGGUGCUGGAGGUGGAGUUCCCCUCUUUGCGGGACGCAUGCUCCUUCGUGACCCUCAUCGACGGCUACUACCGACUGACGGCUGAUGCCCACCACUACUUCUGCAAAGAGGUGGCCCCCCCCCGGCUCCUGGAGGACCUGGAGAACCAGUGCCAUGGGCCCAUCAGCUCCGAGUUCGCUGUGAACAAGCUGAAGAUGGCCGGGAGCCAUCCGGGGCUGUUCCUGCUGCGCCGCAGCCCACAGGACUUUGACAGCCUCCUGCUGACCGUGUGCACCGAGACACUCUCCGUCCGGGACUACAAGCGCUGCCUGAUCCGCAGGGACAAGGACGGGAGCUGGGGGCUCUCGGGGAUGCCGCGGCGGUUCUGCAGCCUGCGGGAGCUGCUGGGCACCUAUAGGCACUGUGGGCUGCAGGCGGAGGGUGCCCCCAUGAGCCUGGCUGCCUGCUGCCCCCCCCAGCCCAGAGAAAAGUCGAACCUGCUGAUCGUGCGGAGCAGCUGCCCCCACCCCCCCAGCUCCCCCUGUGCUCCCCACCGCAGCCUCAACCAAAUGAUGUUCCACAAGAUCGACCCCCAGAGCCUUGUUCGGGGCGAGAGCCUGGGGCAGGGCUCCUUCACCCACAUCUACAAGGGCAUCAAGCGGGACCAGGGGGAGGACGGGUGCCAUCAGACCACGGUGGUGCUCAAGGUGAUGGACAGCAGCCACCAUAACUGCUCUGAGUCCUUCCUGGAGGCCGCCAGCAUCAUGAGCCAGCUCUCCCACAAACAUCUGGUCCUGCUGCACGGCGUCAGCCUUGGGAAGGACAGUGAGCGCUGGGGUGAUGCGCAGGAGCCAUGGGAUGUGAAUGUGCUGGACCUGACUGUUCUGUCCCCCUUAGGUAUCAUGGUGCAGGAGUACGUCAGGUAUGGACCGCUGGAUCUCUACCUGAAGAAGAAUCAAGGUGAGGGCAAGGUGACGACGAGCUGGAAGCUGCAGGUGGCCAAGCAGCUGGCAUAUGCCCUCAACUACCUGGAGGACAAGAAAAUCACGCACGGCAACAUCUCAGCUAAGAAGGUGCUGCUGACGCGGGAGGGGGAUGUGGCCAGCGGCAGCCUCCCCUUCAUAAAACUCAAUGACCCUGGAGUCAGCGUCUCCAUCCUGACCAAGGACAUGCUGGUGGAGCGCAUCCCCUGGCUGGCCCCCGAGUGCCUCCGGGACCCCAAGAGCCUGGCUCUGCCUGCUGACAAGUGGAGCUUCGGGGCGACCCUCUGGGAGAUCUUCAGUGGUGGGAAUAUGCCUGUGAGCCUGCUGGAGCCCCAGAAGAAGCUGGAUUUCUAUGCGAGUAACCUCCAGCUCCCUGCACCCAAGUGGACUGAGCUGGCCACGCUCAUCGCGCAGUGCAUGGACUAUGAGCCCUGGUGCCGGCCCUGCUUCCGUGCCCUCAUACGCGACCUCAACAGCCUCAUUACCUCCGACUAUGAACUGCUCUCAGACCUGUCCCCUGCUGAUGCGGUGCUGCGGGACAGCUUCUGGGGGUGCGAGCCCCUUGCCAUGUGCCAGGACCCCGCAUGCUUUGAGGAGCGGCACCUCAAGUACAUCUCACUGCUGGGCAAGGGUAACUUUGGGAGCGUGGAGCUGUGCCGCUAUGACCCUCUGGGUGACAGCACGGGUGAGCUGGUGGCUGUGAAGAAGUUGCAGCAGGAUUCGGCCAAGGAGCUGAGGGACUUUGAGAGGGAAAUCCAGAUUCUGCACUCGCUGCAGCACGACUUCAUCGUCCAGUACCGGGGGCUCUGCUACAGCCGGGGAUGCCGCAGGCUGCGGCUGGUGAUGGAAUACCUGCCCAACGGCUGCCUGCGGGACUACCUGCAGAAGAACCAGCCCCGCCUGGACCACAGGGCCCUGCUCCUCUACGCCUGGCAGAUCUGCAAGUCCCUGGGUUGCUGUGAGCGGCUGCAUCUUGGGCAGGGCAUGGAGUACUUGGGCGCGCAGCGUUGUGUGCACAGGGACCUGGCCAGCAGGAACAUCCUUGUGGAGAGUGAAACCCAUGUCAAGAUUGGGGACUUCGGGCUGGCCAAGCUGCUGCCAAAGGACAAGGACUAUUACGUGGUGCGGGAGCCCGGCCAGAGCCCCAUUUUCUGGUAUGCACCCGAGUCCCUGUCGGACAAUGUCUUCUCUCAAGCAUCUGACAUCUGGAGCUUUGGGGUCCUCCUCUAUGAGCUCUUCACCUACAGCAACAAGAUCAGGAGCCCCUCAGAGGAGUUCCUCCGCAUGAUGGGCACUGAGAAGACGGCGCAGAUCAUCUGCCACUUGCUGGAGCUCCUCAAGGACAACAGGCGCCUCCCGGCACCAUGUGGCUGUCCUGAGGCGGUCUACACACUGAUGCUGACUUGCUGGGCCUUCACCCCCAGUGCCAGACCCACCUUUGGAGAGCUGGUCCCCAGGAUUGAGGUGCUGCGGGAUGGACGGAGCAAACUCUGAGGGAAGUGACCCCAGUUCCCCCCAUCCCUCCCCAGCACCAGGCACACAGCAUGUGGAUGCUUCACUUGGCUUUACUGGCUACAGGGACAUGCUCCCCAUCACCCUCCCCAUGUAGUGCCACUCUGGCUCCCCCUUUUUUCCCCUCUUCUGCCUGUCACUAACUCCACCACAGUGGGAUUUGGGGUUCUAGUAAAGUUUGGUUUGUUUGCUUUCCA